AUGCUUGGUGCAGCCCAAGAUAUUCUGAAGAAGAACAAAAACCGUGACUUCACGGAGAAUUCAACAGAUGCCGCUUGUAUUGUUAGUUACUUAAGUUCAUUUAUAGCUACAGUAAACACGCUAUCAAAUUUCAUUGCAGCCCGAAAUUACAUCAAGAAUUUGCUCGCCAACAUCAACAGGCUUCGUCAUAGCACGGUCUGCUUCACUCAAGCAGCUUCAUUGAUCCUCACUGCAUUUGCCGACACAGUACCUGUCGCACUUGUAGGAGUAUGUCUGGCAUCGUUUUCGAGUGGUUUAGGAGAAACUACUUACCUAGGAUUGGCAGGACACUAUUCUAAGUGGGAAUUCCAUAAGAGUUCAUUAAAAUCUUUUUUCAACAUUGUUAGAUUAAGGAACACCAUCGCUACUUGGUCAUCUGGUACCGGAAUGGCGGGACUGGUUGGAUCCUUUUCUUAUGCCGGUCUAACAGAUCGUAAUCUAUUGGGAUUAACACCAGCUCAGGCGAUGCUAGUCAUGCUAGUGGUGCCAGCGCUGUUCAUGUUCACGUGCGUUUGA